AUGACCGCCGCUACUCCAACGCAGCAGCCGAUCUAUAUCAACGAUGCGGUCAACUCGGUCGUCGCCGCCGACGUUUUGGAGGACAUGGUGGGGCAGGACGUCUCCCGCGUCCUUAUCAUCUACACUGGAGGCACUAUCGGAAUGAAGAACACACCUGAGCACGGCUACCGACCCGAACCCGGCUAUCUCUCGAAGACACUGGCGCAAAUGGUGCGCUUCCACGACCCAAUUGGGUUCGCAGCGCAAACCUCGGGGCGGGGCGGGAACUUGGAUAGCGAGGCGUCCCAAUAUCCUUUGACGAAUGCGGUUAAUGUGCCCCUACGACUGCCGCGGGCGGAUGGCAAAGUCUCGGCAAGCGGGGAUCAUGCCAACCAUCCAAUCAUUAAUGGGACGCCGGUGGUGAGAGUGAGGAAACCGGCUUUAAUUACGCCGCCUUCGCUUUAUGGGAAACGGAUCAGAUAUUCCAUUCUGGAGUAUGAGCCGCUUCUCGAUAGUUCAAACAUGGUCAUGAACGACUGGGUGAAGAUCGCCACCGACAUCGAGGUCAACUACACAUUGUUUGACGCAUUCAUAGUGCUCCAUGGGACCGACACCAUGGCUUUCACGGCUAGCGCGUUGAGCUUCAUGCUCGAGAAUCUUGGAAAGACGGUGAUCCUGAGCGGGUCUCAGGUGCCGCUAUCCGAACUUCGUAACGACGCCGUCGACAACGUACUUGGGGCUCUGACGAUUGCUGGGCACUUUGUGAUUCCGGAAGUCGGGCUCUUCUUCAAUAACAAGUUCUACAGAGGCAACCGAUCCUCGAAAGUUGAUGCGGUAGACUUCAACGCGUUCGAUUCUCCAAAUCUACGGCCGUUAGUGAAUGUGGGGAUCAACAUCGAUGUGUCAUGGGAGGAUGUCCUAAGGCCUACAGCCAUCGCCAGAUUCCAAGCGCACAAAGUAAUGGAACCGUCCGUAGCCACCCUCCGGUUGUUUCCCGGCAUCACGGAAGCCACUGUCAGGGCUUUCCUGUCGCCGCCCAUCAAGGGUGUUGUCUUGGAGACCUACGGAUCUGGCAACGCACCAAACAACCGACAGGAUAUUCUGACAGCGUUCAGGGAAGCAAGUGAUCGAGGAGUAGUCAUAGUCAACUGCACGCAGUGCAAGCGAGGACUGGUAACAGAUCUGUACGCCACGGGAAAAGCGCUUCUACAAGUUGGGGUAGUUCCGGGAGCGGACAUGACGCCAGAGUGCGCACUAACCAAACUCAGUUACCUCCUCGGCAAACACUACACCCCCCACGAAUGCCGCAACCUCAUCCGCCGCAACCUCCGCGGCGAACUGACAGUCCUCUCCCGCAGACAACGCUUCACCUACCAACAAGGCGCGCAAGGGCUCGUCCAUUCCGUCAUGUCCCUGCUGGGCGUCGUGCCUCCCUCGGUGGUGAAGAACGAGGAUGCCAAUGACAAGGCGAAGGAACCGGACGCGAAUCUGCCGGCGGUUGAGAAAACGCUCGUGCCGAUUCUGAUGUGCCAGGCGGCGAAGAUUGGGGAUAUUGAGGGGUUGCAGUCGUUGAUUGAGGAUUAUUAUCCGUUGAUUAAUCAUGGGGAUUAUGAUGGGCGGACACCACUACACAUCGCCUGCAGUGAGAACCAAAAAGCCAGUGUAGAAUUUCUGCUCCUCCACGGUGCCAACGUGCAUCUCCGCGAUCGCUUCGGGCAUUCUGCGCUCUGGGACGCCGUGAGAUCACGCCGCCCGGCGAUCGCGAAACUGUUGAGGGAGGCGGGUGCGCAUUUCUCGGAAGAGGAGUUGGAGGAGGCUGCUGCGAAGUUGUUCAGUGCGGUGCUGAAGGAUGAUCUAGAGCUAUUCAAAUUCUUUGUCGGCGCUGGAGCGGACCUCAACAAACCUGUUCAUGACGGAAGAACGUCGCUGCAUAUGGUCUGUCGCGCAAAACGAACCCCCAUCCUAAACUACAUCAUCGACCACGCCGUCGAAGUCGCCCAGAAAAACACCCUCGCCUUCUCCGACGACCGCGCCACCCCACCCAUCACCACCGACUCCCCAACAGCACCCAUAGCCACACAAUCACCACCCUCCCCCAAACUCAAACGCCCACCAACCCCAAUCACCCCAACCUGGCACCGUCCCGCAUCCCCACUCUCCGCUCACCCCACCCGCAACAACUCCAACGGGGCAACAACACCCGCCAACGCUCUCCCCCCUACACGCGACGUGCCGCCGUCGUGGGUGGAGGUACUCCUGGACCCGGUGGAUGAUUGGGGCGCCACGCCGCUCGAGGAGGCGCGCGAGGCGGGCGAGGAGGGGAAGGAGAUUGUGAGACUGUUGAGUGAGGGGAUGGAGAGGGUGAAGGCGGUUAGGGCCGGUGCGGUGAAGGUAGAUGGUGUCAGUGCGUAA